CUUGCUUUUAAAUUUUAUUAUUUUUCCAUUCACUAUAUAACCCGGUGGCUAAGAGUCGUAGAGCUAAAAAUCUCUCUCUCUCUCUCCCUUUCACUAUUACGGAAACCUUUUACUCCAUCAUGGAGGCCGUUCAACACUUGCAGAAAGCUUUGAUUUCUUUAGGAAUGGUGGGAUUAAUUGCACUCUUUUGGCAUCUGUACAAUGCUGUAGUCGUUAAGCCAGGGAAACUUAGAUCAUUUCUGAGCAAGCAAGGCAUAAGAGGACCUCCACCAACCCUUGUGCUCGGAAACAUUUUGGAGAUCAAGAAAGCCCGGUCCGCCACCGCGAGUGCUCCUCCGUUCUGUGGUGUUCCGACCAAACACGACUGCGCGACCACCAUCUUCCCCUUCUUCCAAGACUGGUUGAAGAAAUACGGUACGUUUUGAUGAGUUUAAAUAUUUCAAGUCAUUUUUAAUAAUCGUUUUGGUUAAUUUGUGCUAACGGUUGGUUGGCGGUUUGGGACAACACAGGUGAUAUGUUCAUGUUUUCAAUGGGGAAUACACAAAUAUUAGUUGUUACUAGACAAGAGAUUGUGAAAGAGAUUACAACUUGUACGUCUCUGAAUUUUGGGAAACCUUCUUAUCAAGCCAGAGAGCAUAGUGCGCUUCUUGGUGAUAGCAUUUUUACAUCCAAUGGGACUCAAUGGGCUCGUCAGAGAAAAGUCCUCGCUCCUGAAUUGUACAUGGACAAAGUUAAGGGGAUGACAAAUCUAAUUCAGGAGUCCGCAAUGACAAUUGUGAACUCGUGGAACAAAAUGAUUGAGGGAAAAGGUGGGAUAGCAGACAUAAAAGUUGACCCUUACAUGAGGCGUUUCUCAGGGGAUGUAAUUUCAAAGGCAUGUUUUGGAAGCAGUUAUAACAAAGGAGAAGAUAUCUUCUCUAAACUCAACUCACUUGAGGAAGCCACUUCUAAUAAGAAUUUGGCUAUGGGCAUUCCCGGCAUGAGGCAUCUUCCGACAAGAAACAACAGAAAAGCAUGGGCACUAACCAAGGAGAUCAAAGAAUUAAUUCUGAAUGUGGUGAAGGAAAGAACAGAAGCUGGGUACGAGAAAGAUCUACUCCAAAUGGUUAUGGAAACUGCCAGAAAGGAAGAAUUAAUUAGCGAUGAUGCACUUGAUCGAUUCAUCGUCGAUAACUGCAAAACCAUUUACUUUGCCGGGUACGAAAGUACUGCUAUUUCCGCAGCUUGGUGUCUAAUGCUUUUGGCCGCCAACCCGGAGUGGCAGGAACGAGUCCGGUCCGAGGUUGUCGAUGCUUGCCGUGGCCGAGUUCCCGACACUGAAUCAAUACGUAACAUUAAAUCGCUGACCAUGGUGAUUCACGAGUCAUUGAGAUUAUACCCGCCCGCGACUAUUAUGUCAAGAGAAGUUUUUGAAGACAUGAAAUUUGGCGACAUUGUUAUACCAAAAGGAGUCAAUGUGUGGGCAUUUGUGUUGACUUUACACACUAAUCCUGAGAUUUGGGGAAACGAUUCUUAUCAAUUCAAUCCACAAAGGUUUGUAGAUGGUGUUGCCAAGGCUUGCAAGUAUCCACAGGCAUAUAUGCCAUUUGGAAUGGGACCAAGGAUUUGUCUUGGUCAGCAUUUGGCAAUGGUGGAACUCAAGAUUCUGAUCGCUCUUAUAGUGUCUCGUUUCAGUUUUACUCUUUCUCCUACUUAUAUUCAUUCUCCUGUCUUACGCUAUAUUAUUGUGCCCCAACAUGGGGUUAAUUUGUAUUUUAAGAAACUUUGAAUCAGAAAAUGAAGUGUAAUUUUAAGAUCAUUGUGAAAAAUUGAAGGGAAAACACAAUAAAAGUUUGUAUAUGUUAUCAAAAGAAUGAGAGC